GGCGGGCGUGAGGGCCGCCGGCAGUCACUCCUCGGCCCGUGGCGGUGCGGGUGACGACUGGCCUGUCACCACCCAUCCCGACACCCGUUCUCAUCGUGUGCCCACGCCCCUUUUUGUUGACAUCCACCCCUUCAUCUUUAUCUAUCAGUGAGCGAGCGUGCCGCUGACACUAUCUAUCGUCUGCCCACGCCCGCCCACAUCAGCCCCGGGGCACGGGUGACGGCAGGAUGGAUGCCCAGUGCUAUCAGGGUGUUGUGGGAGGCUCCUACGCCCACGGGCAGGAGCGUGGGGCAGGUGACGUGAACAUGAUGGGCGGUGUGGGCGGCAUGGCGGGUCAGGGGCCUGCCCACACCGCCCUCUUACCGCCCCGCACCACGGACUGCUGCUACGAGUGGGCGUCCAUCCCCGCCCACUACUCCACGCCCAUGAAGGAAAUGGAAGCGUGUCUUCUGUCGGCGGGGAAGGGACGCGAUGACUACGGCGUGGGAGGCGGUCUGGACUACCCGCACCCACCUCAGUCUGCGUGUGGGGACGUGUUGCUGUCCAAGGCACCGCGCUCCCCGCACUCCCCACUCAAAGACCACAAGGAAGAGACAUCCCUCAGUUUGUCGGGGUCAGAGAAGGGCUCGCCGCACCUACAGGAAGGAGGCGGCUCUGUCCCCAAGAAGCCCUUACACGCUCGCCUGGUGAACGUCUCCGCGACCCUGGAAAUGAAGUCACUGUGGGAUGAAUUUAAUGAGCUUGGCACCGAGAUGAUUGUGACCAAGGCUGGCAGGCGCAUGUUCCCCACGUUCCAAGUUCGCCUGAUGGGGAUGGACCCGACCAGCGACUACAUGCUGAUGAUGGACUUCAUUCCCGUGGACGACAAGCGCUACCGAUAUGCCUUUCACAGUUCGUCAUGGAUUGUGGCGGGAAAAGCUGAUCCCAACUCGCCGCCACGCAUUCACGUCCACCCAGACUCCCCCGCGAAGGGCGCACAGUGGAUGAAACAAGUGCUCUCCUUUGACAAGCUGAAGCUCACCAACAACCAGCUUGAUGACAACGGCCACAUCAUCCUGAACUCCAUGCACCGCUACCAGCCGCGCUUCCACGUCGUCUAUGUCAACUCCAAGUCAGAGGACGUGUCAGCAACUCAGAACUUCAGCACCUUCAUCUUCCCGGAGACCAAGUUCACUGCCGUCACCGCCUACCAGAACCACAGGAUAACACAACUGAAAAUCGCAAGCAACCCGUUCGCCAAAGGUUUCCGAGACUGUGAUCCGGACGAGUGUGUGGUGGAAGUCCUGAACCAGUUGCAGCAGCCAGGCGGGGGAGGCGGGCCCGGCGGAGGGAUGGGUCUGCAGCAACGGGGAGGAGGUGGUGUAGGGGUGCGUGGCCAACAGCAGGCAGGCGGACAGCAGAGGCAUCCCCUUCCUCCCUAUAUUGCCUACAAUGCUGCCAAGGAAAGUAAAGACGACGGCGAGACGGAGGGCGGCCUGGUGUCCCGCAUGAUGGGUGGGCAGGGCAUGGCUGGAGCGGGGGCACUGCUGCAGACUUCCCCUAACACAGCAGCAGGUUCCCGGGGCGCCUCAGAUGGUACGGGGCAGUGCGGGGCCUUGAACCAGCCAUACGCAGGGGAGAUGUGUUCCUACGGUCCUAUGUAUGGCGCCUAUGGGUAUGGCGGCAUGAAAGCACGCACCUCACCAUACCCCCGCACCUCACCUGUCUACCCACCACCUUAUCCAACGCCUCCGCAGCUUAACACACAGCUUUACCGCCAGCCACACGCCUACCACGACUACUCCUCCAGAUAGACGCCUUCUCUACGGUGCUACGCCUUCCAAGUGCCUUCCAACACCCCAUCAUGAGCUUCGCCGAUCUCGCUAAGUGCUCUCCGCCCCGCCACGAGCUGGAGCGUCACCUCAGCCACUGGAAGCUAGACUAGUGAUCACGUGAAGUCUCCUGGUGUGGGUUGUAACUUGUAUUACUGAGUAGUGAGUGAGGACGUGGACACAUACUUUACUUAUUAUCCUCCUCAUAGAAAGCGGUGUUAGAGAAAGUGAUGAAAGUAAUUAUUUACGAUGAUGAAUAGUGUUUUGUAUGCAUUAAGAGUUAGUGUGCCAAGGAAGGAGAGUAAAGACAGAAACAGACAGGCAGAGUGGUGCACCCAACAAACUGUACACUUAUAAUCGCGACAGAAAAAAAAUAUACUACUAAUUAUGCAUAGUGAUAAUAUUUCUGCUGACGAAAAACACAAGCUUGGAAGGGCAGAAAGUGUGUGUGUGUGUGUGUGUGUGUGUGUGUGUGUGUGUGUGUGUGUGUGUGUGUGUGUGUGUGUGUGUGUGUGUGUGUGUGUGUGUGUGACGUG